AUGUCGGAGAAUUCAGCAAAUUCAUCAAAUUCAGCGGGAGUUACUGCGUCUUGUCCAGUGAACCACUCUUCACGGCCUUCUAUCUUUGCACCUAAAACUUCAGUAGAUCCUAAGAAUUCUGUAACACUUCAAUGUCCGUCAGAAAGCCCUAAAGUAUCUCCUGAAUUUUCAAACAUUGGUAGAAAUGAAGGCUGUUCGA